CGUGUGAGUGAGUGGGUUGAGUUACUCUCGAGCAGCUUGUUCCGAAACCUACUCUACGGAGCUCCUCCAAAUCCUCCCCCAAAUCCGUCGCCACCGUCGCCGUUGUUGUUUUCAAACAGUGUCGCUACUGAGUUAUAGAAGAACGCAUGGCUUCGUUAUUUAAGGAUCCAGCGAAGCUUUCAGCUUAUCGAGAUAGAAGAUUUCCCGGAAAUCAGGAGGAGUUUGAGCAUGCUCUGCAGACAUCAACAACGGUUUAUGUUGGAAAUAUGUCAUUUUACACGACAGAGGAGCAAGUUUAUGAGCUGUUUUCCCGAGCUGGAGAAAUCAAGAAGAUCAUCAUGGGCUUGGAUAAGAACUCGAAAACACCAUGCGGCUUCUGUUUUGUUCUAUAUUACUCACGUGAAGAUACAGAGGAUGCUUGCAAAUAUAUAAGUGGGACAAUACUUGAUGAUCGCCCCAUUCGUGUUGAUUUUGAUUGGGGGUUCCAAGAUGGAAGACAAUGGGGCCGUGGUCGUAGCGGUGGCCAGGUUCGUGAUGAAUACCGAACUGAUUAUGAUCCUGGUAGAGGUGGUUAUGGGAAGUUGGUCCAGAAAGAGUUAGAAGUACAAAGGCAGCUUGUAGACUAUGGCGCUGGUUCUUUGGGUUCUUUCCCACCUGUUAUUCCGCAUUCAUAUGGUAGACAUGGCGGAGGCCAUGGCCAUGCUCAUGGUCAUGGUGGAUCCCAUCGGCAUGGUAGAGACUACCAUAGGAAGAGAUACAGAGAUGAUGACCGCCACCCUCCACAUGAAUCCUCAAAGAGAACAUCAGAUCAUGAAUCUCGGAGAAAUGCUGACCCUGAUUCCAGACCGGAAAAAAAUCCACGAUUUCGCGAGAGUGGUGAUUCUGACGAGGAUGAGGAAGAUGAUCGAAAGAGACGGGCUUAAUCAGAAUUUCAUAAAUAAUGUACUAGUUUUACACAAAUUUUUACAGACUAUUAAAAGUGGAAGAUUGUGGUGUCUAUCAAUGAAAAUUGCAAAGAUUGAAUUGUUAACCCUUAAUUCUGGGUUGGAUACUUGGAUCUGCUACUUGUGGUAGUGCCAUGUUAUGUAUUAUUAUUUCUUCUUUUGA